CAGUGCCGACACCGACGUAGACGCCCCGCUCGCUCUGCUGCAGCCGUUCCUCGCCUGCCUGGCAACGCCGCCCCGUGACGUCAGAGCUGGGUGGGGGCGGCCGCGCGCCCCGGCUGUCGGUGCGGCCCAGUCGUGACGCAGCAGCCGUACGGGGAGCAGUGCGCCGCCAGAGCAUCUCUUCUCCGCGAGAGUUCCAGAGGAAGGACCACCCACCAUGUCGGCAGUUACGGAGGUUCAGAACAACACAACGGAGGCCCUGGCCGCCCUGCUAGACGGGGGUGAAGGCUCCCUGGUGACGCUGGUGGCGGGCGAGACGAGGGUGGCGGCUCACAGGGCCGUGUUGGCAGCCGCGAGCCCCGUGUUCGAAGCGAUGUUCGCGCACGACAUGCUGGAGGCCAGCUGCGGCCAGGUGAGCAUCGACGACGUGGAGGGCCCGGUGCUGAGGCUCCUGGUGGCCUACACGUAUACCCUGCGGGCCCCCCAGCUGCCCGACACGGCCCCCCAGCUGCUCUCGGCGGCCGACAAGUACGGCUUGUCGGCCCUGAAGGCUGCCUGCGAGCGGCAGCUGAUCUCACAGUUGGCCGUGGAGACCGCAGCGGCGACGGCCGUCAGGGCAGUGAGGCACUCGUGCCCGGACGCCACCAGGGCUGCCGUCGGCUUCAUAAAGGACCACCCGCAAGUGAUGGCCACGCGGGGCUGGGCGGACGCUGUGCUCGAGUACCCGCAAGAAGUCAUUGAAGUCAGCAGUAUGCUCGGUGAGCCACCAGCAGAAGCCACCUCGCCGACCGACACAGGGGGCGGGCCCACCCCCAACUCUGACCGUCAACCCCACAGCGGCCACAGCCGGACUCCUGCUGCAGCUGCGCCUCCCACAUCUGCCCAACACACCCCUCCACCUGAUGACGCAGCCGUCUCUCGCUUCCGGAGCCUUUCUGAUGCAGAGCGAGGGAGGAGGCUGAUACAGGCGGCUGAGGAGGGGGCGGUGGAGGAGGUGCGGGCGUUGCUCGCGGCUGGGGCGGACGUGGGGGCGAGGGGCGGGGGCGGGGACACCGCCCUGCACUCGGCUGCAGAGAGAGGCCACGCGGCUGUGCUGCGGCUGCUGCUCUCUGCGGCGUCCGACCCCAACGCCAGGGAUCAGUGGGGGUGGACGCCGCUGCACGAGGCGGCAUGGUGUGGCCACGCAGAAGCGGCGGCUGCGUUGCUGCAGGCCGGAGCCGACAGGGGGGUGACGAGUAAUAGUGGGAGGACCCCCCUGGACUACGCCAGGGAGGAAAACCAUCAGGAGAUCGUCGAGAUGCUAACAGAGCGUUAA